UUUUGUCGCUGCCUACAACAGGACUACAACAUUACUGAAGCUGUUUAGUUUUCGGUAUAAAUGCGACGAAUAGCUGCAAAAUAAGUUAGUACAAAACUCAACGUCAGUUAGUACACAACUAUCUAUUUAAAAGUCGACUAGAAGACUAACUAAAACGUAAGAAGUGAUUUUUAGUAGCAAUUGAAUUUAACACAACACUUAAAACUCAAGAAACGAUGGAGCAAAAAAAUCCAAAUGCACACAAUACCAGCGAUGAACAGUACGACACCGCCGAGUCGAGCCCAACACGCGAUUCAACCGCUGAUCCCUGUCGCUUGUCGUGGUUUGUUGUGAGAAACGAUCCACUUUAUGUGGAGCAAUUUGGCCAAUAUUAUACAAUACACGCCAUGGAUCUAAUAGAUCCCGAUUAUGCCAAUGCAUAUAUCGACAAUAUAGUGAGCUACCAUAUUGGCGAUGCGGCAGUGACUGGCAAAGUGUUGGCCGUUGCCGAUGAUAUCAAGCUGCUGGAGCGUAGUAUGCACGACUGGCUCGAGGAUGAUCGCAAGAAAUUGCCACUAUUCAAAUCGAAUUUAUUCGUACAAUAUCGGCCAGUGCCAAAUCGUUUGGUGCACAAAAUAUUGCAUGAGAGCGAGACGGUGCCCAUGUCGUCAUCGCAAGAUCCUAGAGUUAGCUCCAAGGAUGUUUUCGUGCGCGACGGCAUCAAGAUGUGUCAAGCCAUGGUGGUGACACGUAACGAUAAUAUUAAUGUGUUAAUAAGUGAGUUGACUAAGGUGAAUGUCAAUGUAUCGGAAAGGAUCCGUGGAACUUACGAACAACCGAUGGAUCUCGACAAGGAUGCCAGAACCGAGCCCAAAGACAAUCCAUGGAUACUGGUACAGUAUAGCCAUAGUGUACGCGAUUGUGUUUACGCAAUUAUGAGCUAUGACGAUACAACCAAACUGGAGAACAACGCCUAUCCAGGCUUACAGACAUAUCUGUCGAUUGGAAAUCAAAUCUAUCAGGCCAUAAUUUUACACAAAUCUUGCAAUCGUAACGAAGUGACAGAGGCAAUGAAUAACAUUGCGGCAUCAUGUUUGGUCUCCAUAUAUCCACAUUGGAAUGAUGUGGAGUAUCGCAAUUCCGAGAUUGAGAAGCAUGAGCGUUUAGACAUCUAUAGUAAAGACUGUUUGGAGAGCAUUGAGAUUUUCGAUGCAGACGUGAAGAAGUGUGAGCAAGUAAAUGAAGUUAUAACACAGGAAGCGGCGUCAAUCAAUAGACUAUUCAAGUACAUCGAACAAACCGAAACCCAAAUGGUCGACGUACUGCAUAAGGCAAAACAGAUAAAUGAGCGAAAACAACAUGACUGUUUCAAGCUGUAAUUAUGUCAAAUUUAUGUCAUUUGCUUAUGUAAAAAAAAUUAAUUAUGUUGUUUUUGUUCCAAUUCUGCCUUAUUACUUACAAAGUAGCAAAUUUUUAUUGCAAAAUUAUUAUUAUUCCAAAUUAUUCUUAUUCAAAUUUCUAUGAUUAUUUAAAUUAUAUUCAAUAAUGUUGAUCAUUAUUUUAAAUUAUAUUCCAUUUCAAUGCAUGUAUUAGUUAGUGUUAAGUAAAAUAUUCCAUUUGAUUGUAAUUUUAAUAAAAUGCAUUUUUUUUUU